ACGUCCUGUAAGCCCGAGGAGGACGGACGGAGUCAGAGAGAGAGAGACACACACAGAGAGGCUCGGAGACAGAAUGAGAGAGAAGAGAUAGAAGCGGAGACAGACUGAGGAGAGAAGUAUUUGCAGAAAAGAUAAAGCCAGGAGGCGGGGUGGGCGGCGGGGAGGCACAAAACGCUCUGUGUGUGCGUGUGAAGAGAAGCCCCCGGUCGGAGCAUGUGUUUUAGUGAGAGAAAGCACGGCGCAGAGGAAGCGUGUAUGUAGCAGGAAGGGAGGGAGAGGGAAGCAGUGUCGGGAGAGUCGGUGCACGCCGGCAGAUCGAGGGAGACAGCAGAGUGGGAAGGGGAAGAGAGGACUUGGAGUGCAGAAAAGAGGGAAAGGCAGAGAGGGAGCAGCGCGGAGCCGGCAGAGCUGCAUUUGUGGAUGUAAACUUUAUCAUCUGCGGGAUCAGUGGGUAGCAGCUGCAGAGCAGGAGGAAAGCGUGCUGGUGGAUUACCAUGCGUGUCCUCUGAAUGCACCAGGAUGCUGCAUCUCCACCAGGGGAAAAGCUGGCUGUGGCUCGCCUGCAGAGGGAAGUCGCACGGAGCAAGAGUGAAGGAACAAUGCGAGAAAAGCUGAUCCACGAGCUAGAGGAAGAGCGACGCCUGCGACUGGAGAGCGAGAAGCGUCUCCGGGAAGUGACGGAGGAGUCCGAGCUGGGUCGGGCGCAGAUGGUUUCACUGCAGCAGCAAUUCUCCAGGAUGGAAGAGACAGUGCGGUCGCUGCUGCAGAAUCAGGGUGUCCUGGAGGAGACUGCUGUGGACACAGUGGACAUCAUGAAGGUCUACAAGGAUAAACUCUCCGAGGAAGUGCAGAAACAGCACGGCGGCCCCGAAGAGAAUGGCUCCCUGCCGGCGACUCAAGCGGAGCUGGACCCCGAGCUGCUGCUGAAUCCCGAACAAAACGCCAACCAAGCAGAAGAGGAUAAAGACAAAACCAAGGUCCUGUUGGAGCGCCUCAAGGCCCUGGAGGAGCGGAACUCCGCCUUGGCCUUAGAGAACGAGAGCCAGAGGGAGCAGUAUGAGCGCUGUCUGGAUGAGGUUGCUAAUCAAGUUGUGCAGGCGCUUCUAACCCAGAAGGAUCUGAGGGAGGAAUGUCUGAAGCUGCGGACGAGGGUUUUCGAUCUCGAGCAGCAGAAUCGGGCGCUCAGUAUUCUGUUCCAGCAGAAGAUCAAGCCGGCCUCAGACCUGCUUCUCCAGAAACUCCACUCUCGGAUCAUGGAUCUGUCUGCGGCAGAUUUGCUCCUGGAGCCAGAGAGAAGCAAGGCUUUCCUGCUUUCCAGGAAUACAGACUCCCCCUCUAAUGAGGUUCAGUUGAAUGGAAAAGCAGGUCUCCCUGUGGCCAAAUGUCUGAGCCAGCUGAGUCUGACAGUGCCAGCGCCUGUGUACCCACGCAGCAGCUGCAGCAGCAGUGAGCUGUCGCUGUCGAGCGCCUGCAGUGAGUUCUCGAGCGGCUCGUACACCUGGAAUGAUGGACGCUCCUGUGGGAAAAUGUCAUCUCUGACCUGGGAGAAGAGGCUGAGUUUGGGUUCAUCUGCCCCCAGUAAUAUCUGUGCCACCCAGGAGGAGCAGCUGCCCACAAGGCGUAAGGAGAGCCACAUACUGGAGGGACUGAGAAAGCUUCAAAGGAGGAAACACAGGAGCUCCUCCUGUUCUUCCAAGGUCUCCAAGUCAGGAUACAAAGACUGCAUGAACUCCAAUGAGGGCAUCUACUCGCUUGGCAUCAAGAGCAGCAGUAAAGGGGUAUCCAAGCCAACCCAUGUGGGGCGAACUGCUCGGGGAAAGCAGUUCGCUUAUGAUUCUGAUGAUGCAGAUGAUGAACUGGCACAGUCCAGAUGUAGAGAUAACAUCCCCACCAAGGACAACUGGUUUCACUGUAAGAAGCUCUCACACAGCAUCUCAGACAGUUUAUGUAGCUGGGAGGGGACACAGGACAGCGGAGGUGACACUAUCUCAAGUCCCGUGGCUACUAAACAAACUUCUGGCUAUGACUCAAAAGAGCAGCCUGAGAAGCUUAUGAGUUUCAUUAACAGUCUUCUCCCUGAGGGCGGGCGGAUAUCAGCUUUUACAAAACCAUCCAAGCUGCAUCACACCCCUUCAGACCCAAAAGGCCCCCAUCUGUCUGAUGUGGAUGAUCCAGAGGAGCUAAACUCUGAGUCAAGUGGCAUCCGAAUGUCCUUUAGCCAGCCAGCAGAGCAAGCUGAGAGGGACUCCAAGAGGCUGUCGAGAGAUGCUGCCAAGCUGAUCACAGAACAGUGCUUGCGAAGAGACCAGGUUCGUACCCAAUCUGCAGAUGGAAGGCCCAGACCUUUCAGCUUGAUGAAGGAGCCCAAAGUGGCCAAAUGCACCCAGUCUGAGGAGAGUGUGUUGGCAGUAUUUGAUGCAGAAGGAGAGCCUAUUGAACUUUGUGCUGAAAAACUUGGAGCAGGUGCUGGGACUCGAAAAGACAUGCAAAGCAGCAGAGUAGCGCCCGACUACACAGAACUGGUGUCCCAAGAGAGGCCAACAAAGCAGAAACCCUCAAAAGCAAGAAACUACAGCGUUCUUGAGUCUCCAGAGAAGCCGUCAGAAUAUCAGAUCAGGACCAGCAAAGCAAGGGAGCAAAGCAGUAGCAGGGAGGGAAGUGCAGAGAGGCUGUCAGUACAGCUGACUCCACAAAGGAAACUAAUCAAACCACCAAGCAACCGAGCUAAUAAAGGCCAUUCCAUCCCUCCCAUGAAUGACUCUGCUGGUUCCAAGUCUAGUGGUUCAAAGAUACCUGGUUGUAACAAACCCUCAGGAUCCCCACUGAGAUUAUCUAAGGGCUCCACCACUGAACCAAUUAACAGUGGAAACUCAGAACCCUCUGGGCAGGAGAAAUCUCCCUCUUCUCCUACAGUUAAAAUGUCCAGAUUCAUCAAGACACCAGGAACCUGCAUUCAAAGCCCGAAGGCGGUGAACUCAAAGCUCCCCAGCAGGGCUGAAUGGAGUAAGGGCACCUCAUCAAGUUCCCCUCACCUCUCAAGGAGGCACCUGGAGUAUGCUGACAAUGGAGAACAGCCAACCAGAGACAAACACUGUGAAAACAGCAAAAAUAAACUCAGGUCCCCUUCUCCUCCCCCUCCCCCGGGCCGCACCACCUCUUUACUGAUCAGACCAAAUUAUGAGGUGUCGCCUCAUGCACAUAAAACAGGGGUGGCUCAACCACCCACACCAACCACUGUGAGGGGCCCUCCCCCAAGUUACCACACCUCACUUUUACCAAAUAUGCAAUCAACGCUACCCAUCAAGGAUAAAGACUGUUUGGACUUGGACGCAGGCUACGGGACUGCACUUACACCUCAGAAACUGGUUGACAAAACCAGUCAGCACCUUCAAAAGUCCCCUGCCAUGACUCAGACACCUGCUAAAGGCACUUCCAAACGGAUGACCACGAAAGACUACCUCCCUUCUGCAAACUCAGGGUGUGCUCGAGAACCUGAAACUGCACCUAAAAGCUCGAAGAAUGUCCCUCCCCCCUACAGUGCCCUCAGAGGGUCUUCAUUUCAGAAUUCACCUGCAAGCAAGAAAGCGUCUGCUAAUGAAAAUAUCCAUCAGUCAGUGCAGAAGACCUCUAUAAGUUUACCCGUUUCACUUCAGGACGCCCAUCAAGGUCAGACAGAGCCACAAAAUGGGAAAGCUGUAGACAGCUCUGUUAUUAUGUCCCCUAACCUAGCAGAAAAAGCCUCAAAGACUCGCAUCCCAAUGGGCUUUAAAGCAUUUUUAAAAUCUCCUCCUAGCCAUAAAAAUAGUCCCUCUAUACCAGGCAAACAAGAGAAAGAUCAUAUCAACUCGGUCUCCAAGGAGACUGUGACUUCAAAUGCUUCUACGCAGUGUGACAGCUUGCAGACAGAGUACAGUAUUGAUUCACCAUCCAAGAUGUCUGUUACAGAGGGGAGAGGUGAAGUCCAGUGUAGGUUACUGGAAGAGGAAUUACAAACUCCUGUGCUCUCAGAGGAGGGGGGUGUUUGCGAUAAUGGGAAAAGGAGUAGUCAGCUUUUCGGCAGAUCCAUAUCUAUUGCUACCAAACCUCAUCUAAAGCCUGCCUUGGGGAUGAAUGGGGCAAAAGCUCGUAGCCAGAGUUUCAGCACAAACUACAUUGAAAAACCAAGUAUCAAUUCGUUAGAUGGGCCGGGAAAAAUAAGGACUCAGAUAAUUACCAAUUCAGGUGAAAGGGGGAACUCUCUGACGAGACAGAGUUCCUUAGAAGCGCCUUGUAUUGGGUUCGCAGAGAGCCCUGUUCAUUCCCCGAGGACUAGGCUUAGCCACUACGGAGGCAUGACAGGGUCAAAUAGUCAGAGCGUCCUCCCUGAGAGAGCUUCUAAAUCGGGCUCUAAAGUUGAGGGGUCUCAGGGCACAGGAAAGGUAGAGGCAGUCAUUUCACCUUCUCAGAAAGUGGUGCGUAGCUUACCCAUCAGUGAUAGGACUGGUUUAAACAUCCGUAAGCCAUCAAAAGUUGCCUCUCAUCCACAGUUUCAUCCUCCGUCCUCUUGUGUUUAUGGCUUGGAAAAUCCAGUGAGGGAGACAGAAGACAAAGCAGCGACCCCUAAUGAGCCAAACUUUAGUAGGGAAAGCAAAACCCAGGCAGACUCACCAAACAAACACCCAGAUAUGGAGGAGAAAAAAAUCAGCCCAUCAGUCACCACUAUUGAAGAGAAAGUCAUGAUGGGAAUUGAGGAGAACGUACAGAAAUGUCAAGAACAGGAGAAGGUUGCUGCCAGCGAGGCCAAACAGAAGACGGGCCCCUCUCUGGCAAACUGGUUCGGCCUCCGUAAAAGCAAACUUCCAGCUCUGAGUGGUAAAAAAGCAGACUCCCCAAAGGGUAAAGAAGAGAAGAAAGAGCUGAAGAUUGGAUCAGUGCUUGGAAGCAAACAGAUGAAGUCUGACAAGAAGAAGGAUAAGAAGAAAAAUGAUAAUCAGCAGAAAGAAAGUCAGGAGGUGCAGAGUCUGUCUGAGAUGAACAACAAGCUGACCUCCAUUAUGGACCACUGCAACAAUCAGAUGGGUCAGAUUGCCAGUCAGAUCCAGUGCACGACGGCCUUUAUCGGCAAAGACCAGUUCGUGAAAGAGCUUCUUGGCAGGACUGCUGUGAAGGGCAACUCCGUGGCUGCAUCGCCGCCUGGGAUCGCCACACCCAAGAAACACAGCGAAAUGAAGGGAGAUGUGGAGAUCUGUCCAGAUACUGCUACCCUCAUAAUGACGGAGAAGAUCAACCUUAAGGCUGAAAAUGAGGAGAGACACAUCCCAGACACAGCUUGUCAAGACCACAUGCUAGGGUCCAGCUGUCAGAUGAGAACCCUGGACAGUGGCAUCGGCACCUUCCCUCUCCCCGAUUCUGUCACCCGGGCCAGCGGUCGCCAUAUCCCUAAAUCUGAAUCCAGCCCGGAGGGGGUGACCGCCGGCUCCUCGGAGCUCAAUCGGGAGCCUCCCUCUUCUCACCCUGACCCCACACAACCUGAUGUGAAAGUGCCUUCCCUUUCAAAACCCCACCCGCAUGCCCCUACCAGCAUGGGUCACUCCCUGUCCGACUCCACUGUGACCUGCAGCAACGGCCACACCCGGGACACCCACAGCUGCCUGCCCAAAUUAGCAUCCUCAGAUGCAAUUAGGACAAAGAGGUUGAGUUUUAGUGCACCACACAGCAGCAUCUCAGGUUCCACUGAGGACAAAGACGCAGAAACAAAGAGGAAGAUGAAAACCGAGGACCAUGAUAUACCUGGUGAAAGAGCCUUGCGAGUGUGCACAUACUCAGGCAGCAGCAGCGACACUGAGACUGAACCCGAGGGAACAGGAAGCACUUUGGGAUCGCCGCAAAAAACCCUGAUCAACAGAGCUAAGAAGAAAGACUUAGUCGAACAGAAUGAGGACACCCUGAAGAGAAGAAGUGUGGAAAAAUCCUUGUCAAUCAUGGACUACUAUCAACACGACAUGUUCUCGCACCUGGAGAAAGACAGCAGGAAGAUUUCACAGUACAACUUGCUGCACAAGGAGUCACCUCUUGAUGGGAAAGCAGGAGACAGGCUCAGUAAGGAGAUUCCCAUGGAGAAAAUCCCCAUCAGCGCAAGCCAGCCUCUCUCGCUCGACUUCUCCUUGGAGUCCUUAAACAAGCUGAAUCAGAGCAGCUCCAGCAGUUUGUAUCCGGACACGGGCUCAGGCGGCCGCAGAGCUGACUGCCACGCCGACGCAGGGAGGAGCAGGGAGAGCUGCUGCAAGGUGGACGAGGCCUCGUCGUCAUCAAGCUUUGCGAGCAGGCCUGGGGCGGAUCCCGUGGGCUCUCUCAGCGACUCGCUGUAUGACAGCUUCUCUUCCUGCACCAGCCAGGGCUCCAACGACGUCUGAGAAGGCAGGGCUGUAGCCAUGGAGUCUUCGUUUCCAUCUCGGACUCCUUGACUUUUUCCUUUUUGGAAUCCCCAUGCCUUGAUUGGUUGAUACAGUGGACCUAUGGAGUGGAUUUUUGGGGUAGAUUUGCAUCUCUUUUGACUCUUUGAAGUCACCCUAAUAGGGUUGGGCGAUUUGUUAAAAAUUUUCCAAAAACUGUCAGUCCAACUGCCACCUCUCCACAAAAGAAUUUUUAAAAAUUCACUGAUAAUUUUGAAAAACAGGAAUCUAGGAAGAAGUCAGACACCUUUAACAUCUAAAUCAGCCAUUCCCAAACUUUAAAGUCCUACGACUGUUCUGAAAUCUGAGAAGUUUUCUCAGACCAGACCUUUAGUCACGUCGUUUUGCCAUCAGUGACAAUUGUAAACUUGAUUACAAAGCUGACAUUUAAAAAAUGUUAUUUAUUUAUUGUAAAUGAUUUCUUGCAGUCACAUCUGCAGUACCUUCUUAGCCCAUCAGGGGUCUGACGCCCACACUUUGGCAAACAAUGCUCUGAACGCACAAACAGGUGGGAUAAUAGAUGCAUAACAAACAACCGGGCUGGAAAAACCUGGGACGCGUGGCGUGUGAGUUUAAAACUAAAAACACAGGAAUGGAAACUUCCACACUGGUGCCAGCUGUCCGUGGCAUUUUCUAACCCAGCAGGUUCUCGCAAAGGCCGUGCAGCUGGUCCCACUGGUGGGGCAUUGAAAGACCAGGAGAAAAUUUAAGUACAAAAAAGUUAAACUGCUAUGAUUUUUGGAAGGGAUAAACAAACAAGAGUUUGCCAAUACCAUCUUGCUGUCUUUUUUUCACUAAAAUUCAACAUGGUUCCUUUUUUGUUGGUAAUAAUUGAUUAAUAAAAUGCACUGUGUGGUGCAUAAACAGUGUUUUGGCUUCUGAAGCUUGAAAAAUUCCAUCUGCGUACAACUUUCCACUCUUGUUCAAAAAACCAAAAAGAAAGGCUGCACCACCGUGAGCAAUUGCACUUUACAAAUUAAUUAUUUACAGACAGUAUAAAAGAUGGACGUAGCUUCCAGGGCCUAAAAAAAAAAAAUUCAAGCCGACGAGAAGUGCCUUAAACCUGCGUUCUUUUUAAAGACCACCAGGGGGCGACAACUGUCAUUGCAAAAAGACCUACGGUCCUAUAGAAGUCUAUGACAAAGUCUGUAAAGACUUUCCUAAUGAGUAAAGGCUCACUCACUUAUUUCAGAUCAUACUAAAUAAAAAUGUGUGUCAGUUUUAUACAUUCUUUGAAGUUUUAGAAAGGAGGAUUAUCCAGGGUAUGUUCAUUGGCUAGCAUGUGGUUUCACAGCCGCGUCCGUCCGUUCCUCAUCAAAUGUGGUAUCAAAACACCAUGUUUGAACUUUGGAAACCAAUGGGUGACGUCCAUCUUUUGUACCGUCUACGGUUAUUUACAAAGUUGACUUUUUCCAGAGGCAACGCAGUAAAUCAUCAAAAUAAAAUGUCAAAAAUCUCCCGCAAUAAAACGACUGCUGAUGGUCUUUGCCAGUCAUUGUCCAAUUGCCCAGCCCUAACCCUUAAGUACUACUUUUUGCAGUUCUUUUAUUUGUUUCAUUUUGUUAGUGGCCUUGUAAAAAGGAGUUGGUUUUGGUCUGGAUCUGCACUCGACUUCAGCUCAACUUUCAGCUACUCUUGGAAAAGACUUGUCUCGACUUACAGCCCUGCCACGGUGCGACGAGCCCGGUCCUCUCCGCAUAGAACACGAAGCACUUAAAGAGCUGCAGACGCGAGGAUGAAACCUCAACUUAAAAAAGAGAAAAGAAAAGAAAACCAGGACUUUUAAAGGUUUGACUCUGGGUGUGGUGGACUGGACAGCAAUACACGUUUGUAUCCUACCACCCCUCCUCCUCUUCCUCCCACCAUGCUGGGGUACUUCUUCUCAUUGCACUGUAACAAAUACUGUACAAAGGAGUGUAAAAUAAAAAAAAAACAUAAUAAGCAGGAUGGGCAAUAUUUGCAUAAAUCUCCAUCAAGGUUUCAUUUUAUGGAUCGCUGCUAUGUACAAUGCCCAUUGAAAAGUUGUCCAAAAGUAACACAUGGUUCAUCUUUGUCUACUCUUUUGAAGCAAUAUAUUUUUUAAUAACAGCAGGUUUUAAAUUUUCUUUAUUUUUGGCUAAUUUUUAAUCAUUUUAAUCUUGUAUUUUAAGCGGUUAAACACCCGGUGAUGGCAAACUAGCUUCGCAGCAUCUCUAACGAGGACGUUUCCACGCGGUACAUGAACAAGCGAUACCAGGUACAACAAAACGAGCAAAUAUAAGGUGUCAUUGCCCGUAGCUCAGGGAACAUACUGGACUAAAGUCGAUUGUAAGAGUGAAAAACGCAGCCAUCGGGAAAGCGUGGACAAACGGCUCUCCAAGAAUCCAAACGUAGUCUCAUGUAGCAUAGCACACCUGAACUCUCCAAACCUCAGCUUUCCUCUCGUAGCUGUAUAUUAUGUUGUAUAUAAAAAUCGCGAUAAGUUAAUAUCAGAACGGGCAUUGCUGAUCGAUAUAUGCAAGUAAGAACAAAAAGAAAGAAAAAAAGAUGUACAGUAAAUUGUUUGCCAAUCAUUCAACCUGUUUUAUGUCUGCUGUUUGGCGUCUGUGUUUUCUUUCGGAGGGUCUUCUUGUUUAAAAAGAAAAAAAUUUUUUUUUUAAUAUUUUGAUCAAUAAGAGCUAACGCUAAAAAAUAUUUUAUCACUUUAUUUUAAAGACAUAUUUGAACUUUAGGUGGAGUUAUGCCAAAUUUCUCUCUGGAAUUUGACCAGCUGGUGCUAAUCAACGGAGCCGACUGUGUGUUUUCGAUUUUUCUAUGAAACUGUUAAUAUUGUAUGAAGAGAGUCUGAAGAGGACUUGUGUAUUUUUCUAGAUGUCCAGUAUUUAUACCCACAUUUUGUACUGUCAGACUGUAGUGUGAUUGUCAUGCUUCACCUCUUUCCUUAAACCUUCCUUUGUAAAGAGAAAGUUACCAGCAGUGUUACUUUGGUAAUUAAUAUUAUUGUUACUAUUAUUAUUAUUAUUAUUAUUAUUAUUACUGUGUGCAAUUUGUCUGUUACACUAGACUUUAAUGCUAUAUUUUAUGUAAUUAUUUCCUAAAUAAAUACGAGAAACUAUUUCCUAU